UAUACAAAUACAUAUGUUUGUGUAAGAGAAAACAAAUCUUCGGAUAUUGAUGUUAGCUCCUCAAUUCGUCGAUCCUUUUGCUGGAAAACCCUAAUCUGGGAACCCACCACAAAGAUCUGAGCUUUCAUCAUGAAUUUCUUCAAAUCCGUCUUCUCGGACGAUCCGGAUCCGGAUCCUUCGACUGCCGAAUCAGGCUCCGAGUCUCCGAGAACCAGUGAAGAGCAGCAAAACCCAGAUACGAUUCCCUCGCCGGAGAAAUCAAACCCUAGCGACGGUGGGUUAUGGAGUUUCGGCGGCCUGAUGAAGACCUUGGCCACCAGAUCUGAAUCCGUGUUAGAGACCUAUCGCCGCGAUCUCCAAGAAUUCGGGUCCGGUCUGAAGAAGGAGAUAGAGGUUGCGCAGGGAUCGUUGGGCACUGUCGGACACGCCAUUGAUGAAAUUGGAAGCUCUGUGAUUAAAGGAACGGCCGAGAUCAUUGCCCAUGGUAAGGAAGCGAUCUUAGCCGCAGGUAACGAAUCCGAUUCCUCUGAUAACAAUAGCAGUAAGAGUUACGGUGGUCGCGAUAGCUUCAGCUCGAAGCCAUACAGUCGUUUCGAUGCUCAGGUUCGCGCCGUUCAGGGCGAUGUUAACACUUAUUGUGAUGAGCCUGAGGAUUUAGACGAUUACAAAAAGUGGGAAUCCACCUUUUCUCUGGAUCAGAAAGAUGGAGACUUGGAGAGAUUGAUGGAGGAGAACGGGGACAUGAGAGGAAUAUACAAAAGGGUUGUUCCAAAUAUGGUUGAUCAGGAGACUUUCUGGUUUAGGUAUUUCUACAAGGUUCAUAAGCUCAAGCAAGCUGAGGAUUUGCGGGUUAAUCUUGUUAAACGAGCAAUUUCACUGGAAGAUGAGGAGGAGUUGAGUUGGGAUAUUGACGAUGAAGAUGAGAGCAGCGAGAAAGUUGCUGAAACUAGCAAAGAAGUUGCAAAGAUGAAACUCGAGGAAAAUGAGGAGGGGAAUAGAGGGGAUCAGGAGCAAAAGGCCAAAGAUGAUGGGAAGAACGCAGAUUCAGUGACUGAAGUGAACGAUGUUGAUUCGAAAAAGGAUGAAGCUUCUGAGGAGAAAAAGGAAGAGCGCAAUAAGGAGAUUCCAGAAUCGAAAACAGUUGUGGUUGGAGAAGCUUCUGAGUCUGAGGCUGCCCCUUCAGGAGAUUUGAUCAAACACAGUGGUGGUAUUUCUUCAGCAUCAGCUCAACCAUCUGUUCAGGAGGAAGACGAAUUGGGAUGGGACGAGAUCGAGGAUCUGAGCACCAUCGACGAGAAGGAAGUGACUCGUUCUGGUAGUAGUCCAAACAGAGCAGAACUGCGCAAGCGAUUGAGUGCUGCGGAAGAAGAUGAAGACUUGAGUUGGGACAUUGAAGAUGAUGACGAACCAGCAGCAGCAGCAGCCAAAGCUUAAGAUCUGAAAAAAAGGUGGAGUCUUUGUUUAAGUGGUGGUGUUUCUCUCUCCUUGCCUCCGUUUGUUUCCGUAAGCUUUGUUAUAGCCUUCAUGAUGCUACAGUUGUUUCUCAUUUCUUUCUCCACUUGAUUGCUGUGCAAAUAUAAGUUACAUUUUGAUUUGAACGAUGGUUGAUAUUCCUGCAAUCAACGGGCUCAUUUUUAUUUUA